AUGGAAGGCUCUAGCAUCCAGGCUCUUCGCCUGCCCUUCAGGGCUCUGCUCCUCGGUAUUCUGCUCACGGUCAUCCUUGGCACGGUACACGGAGGCGUUUCGUCCGAUGAUAUCAACGACUGUGCAUCUCGCCCUUGCAAAAAUGGAGGUAUAUGUUCCGAUUUGGUAAACGACUACAAAUGCACAUGCAGAGCCGGAUUCUCUGGAAAAGACUGUGGUAUCAAUAUUGACGACUGCGCAUCUCAGCCAUGCCAAAAUGGAGGUAGUUGCUCAGAUCUGGUUAACGACUACAAAUGCAAAUGCGUAGUUGGCUUCGACGGAGAAGACUGUGGUAACAAUAUUGAUGACUGUGCAUCUCAGCCAUGCCAAAAUGGAGGUAGUUGCUCAGAUCUGGUUAACGACUACCAGUGUAAAUGCGUAGAAGGCUUCGAAGGAAAAGACUGUGAAAUCAAUAUCGAUGACUGCGCGUCUUCGCCGUGCAAAAAUGGAGGUGAAUGUUCUGAUUUGGUGAACGACUACCAGUGUAAAUGCGUAGUCGGCUUUGACGGAAAAGAUUGUGACACCAAUAUCGACGAAUGCGAAUCUUCUCCGUGCAAGAAUGGAGGUUUGUGUUUGGAUUUGGUUAACGACUACCAGUGUAACUGCGUAGUAGGCUUCGACGGAAAGAAUUGUGAAAUCAAUAUUGACGACUGUGCUUCUCAGCCCUGCAAGAAUGGAGGAGAAUGUUCUGAUUUGGUUAAUGACUACAAAUGUAAAUGUGUACAAGGCUUCGACGGAAAAAACUGUGAAAUCAAUAUUGACGACUGUGCAUCUCAGCCAUGCCAAAAUGGAGGUAGUUGCUCAGAUCUGGUUAACGACUACAAAUGCAAAUGCGUAGUUGGCUUCGACGGAAAAGACUGUGAUAACACAUCUCAGCCAUGCCAAAAUGGAGGUAGUUGCUCAGAUCUGGUUAACGACUACAAAUGCAAAUGCGUAGUUGGCUUCGACGGAAAAGACUGUGGUAACAAUAUUGAUGACUGUGCAUCUCAGCCAUGCCAAAAUGGAGGUAGUUGCUCAGAUCUGGUUAACGACUACAAAUGCAAAUGCGUAGUUGGCUUCAAAGGAAAGAGCUGUGAAAUCAAUGAGUAA